UUCAGAUCCAAACCCCCGUCUGAAAAACAAAGGCAGCGAGGGAGCGAGCGAGCGAGAGAGAGGGCUAAAAGGGCCAGCAAAACCCUAACCCUAAGCAUCCCAAUUCGCCCGCCCCAAAUCCCCCGCCCCCGCCCCGUCGCCCCCAAACCCUACCUCCGCCUCGCCGCCGCGACCAUGGCAGGCUCCUCCGGCGCCGCCGCCGCCUCCUCCCGCAGCCACCUCAAAGGCGACCGCUUUUACUACCCGCCCCACCGCCGCCAGACCCAGCAGCACCAGCAGCAGGGCCUGCAGAGCCGCCGCCCCCCGACCUCCCCCUCCCUCUCCCCGUCCCCCUCCCCCAGGCGGAAGACGGCCGCGGCGGCGGCCGUCUCCGCGUCCCUCGACGCCGACGGCCGGGCGGAUUCCGACGACUCCUCCUCCACCUCCUCCAAGCCCUCGCUCGCCUCCACGGCCGCCGAGGUGAAUGUCGUGUCCUCCGCGCCUCCCGCGGAGGAGGAGGAGGAGGAGGCCGGGAAUCUGGACAGGUUCCUCGCCUCCACCACGCCCUCCGUGCCCGUCCGGAACACGCCCGAGACAAGCCUGAGGAUGCGGAGGAGUGGAGAUGCCAUGGAUUCAUCUCCUUACUUCUGCCUUGAUGAUCUCUGGGAGUCUUUCAGGGAGUGGAGUGCUUAUGGGGCUGGUGUUCCCCUGGUGUUAAAUGGCGGUGACUCCGUGAUACAAUAUUAUGUGCCAUAUCUCUCUGCUAUCCAGCUGUAUGCUGAUCCAUCUAGACCUGUUGCAAGUACCAGGCAUCCUCUGGAUGAAAGUGACGGGGAAUCUACGGAUUUUAGCAGUGAGAGUAGCAGUGAAACUGAUGCUGCUCAAAAUGGUGUCUUACAAAGUGAGGAUGGCGAUGCUUUUGUAUCUGCAAGUUUUCCUAUAUUUGAGCAUCUGGAGCGGGAUCCUCCGUAUGGAAGAGAGCCUUUAACAGACAAGGUAUCAGUUCUUGCGGAUAGAUUUCCAGCUUUAAAGACAUUCAGAAGCUGUGACUUGCUGCCAUCCAGUUGGAUGUCUGUUGCAUGGUACCCCAUAUAUAGAAUCCCAACAGGACCGACGCUGAAGGACCUGGACGCGUGCUUCUUGACAUUCCAUUGCCUGGCAACACCUUCCAAGGAUAGCCAUCCCACCACACCAGCAUGCCCCGGCUUCGAGGGAAUCGGCCACUGCACCACCGCAACGGGCAGGCUUUCCCUGCCCGCCUUCGGGCUGGCGUCCUACAAGCUCCGCAGCUCCUUGUGGGCGUCCAACGGCGCCCCGGAGCAGGAGAGCGUCACGUCGCUGAUGCAGGAGGCGGACAACUGGCUCCGCUGCGUACAGGUGGACCACCCGGACUUCCGGUUCUUCGUCUCGCACUUUGGCGCGACGUGGAGAUGACUGCUUCUUCUGUUGUAAAUGUCUUUUUUGUGACUGUUACUGUUAGUUAUAUGGUGAGGACUGUGUGUUGCCAAGUCUGAACUCAGGUGGCUGUGCGUUGAGCACAAGUCUGUUAUGGCACAUAGUGCAGCAGCGCCCCUCUGCCGCGGGGGUUGUAUCAGUUAAAAAAAGGCCCGCCUGUAUUGCGGGCGGGCUCGACUCUUGUUGUCGUCUCCAAUAAGUUCAUAACUGUCUGGUGUAGGUAACUUUUUGUGGGGGAGUUACAGAUAUGAUGGAUCGGAAGUACAAUUGGAGACUUGUAAAACUUUUCAGGCAAAUGAUAGGAAAGAAUAAAUUAUCGGAUUUAGUUA